AUGGACUACAAAUUUCAUAAAAAACCCAAAAAAACACUAAUCAAAUUGAAUCAGAAGGCAAUGUGUGAAGGCGAUGAUUGUUUGGCGGUUGUGCUGAAAGUUUCGAUGAAAAUUCAUCGAAAAUCUGGGAAAAAAUUUUACGUCGUUCCCGAAAAUAUCUUUUUGGAAGGAUUGAAAUCCUUCAUGGCCAUGGAAAAUGAUUCGCAAAAAUCAAAAAAACAAUUGGAAGUUUCUGGAACUUCUGAAAAAUCCAGAGCUUUCAAUUUUCAGCACUUUUCGAAAUUUCGAAAUUCUAUUUGCAAGAUGAACUCUGCGGAUUUUGAGAAAAUAUGUUCUGUCCAACUAUGUAACACAUUGUUGGCUGGCAAGGCUACAUAUCUACACCAAGUGACACGGAAUAGAAUUUGCAGGUGUAGUGUGGAACUUUGCGAUGAGACCGUUUCUCCCAACAGCAAUUUACGGCAUUCGGAAACGAAGAAAACAAUUUGCAAGUGA